CGGAGCCUACGCCGGAGCGCCGACUCCAGAGAGCCUCACGGGCGGCUCGGGCGGUUUCCCGGUUCCCCGCGGGCGCCAGCCUUCCCCCCGGGGCCGGGAGGUCCGAGCCGAAGCCUCGGGGCCGGAGGCGGCCCGCCAUGGGCCCGCGCCGCCGGAGCCGCAAGCCGGAGGUCCCGAGGAGGCGCAGCCCGAGCCCGACUCGCAGCCCCCGCCGGCGGGGCGUCUCCCUAGGCGCGUCCUCGCAGCACAGUCGGCGGCGGCACGCGUGGCUGAAGGAGAUGCGGAAGCUGCAGAAGAGCACGGACCUGCUGCUCAGGAAGCUCCCGUUCGCCCGCGUGGCGAGAGAAAUCAGCACCAGAUUCACUCGGGGUGUGGACUUCAACUGGCAAGCCCAGGCCCUGUUGGCCCUCCAGGAGGCGGCAGAAGCGUUCCUGGUUCACCUCUUUGAGGACGCCUAUCUCCUCUCCUUGCACGCCGGCCGGGUUACCCUUUUCCCAAAGGAUGUGCAGCUGGCCAGGAGGAUCCGAGGCAUCCAAGAGGGGCUCGGCUGAGCGCCGGGCCGGAGUCUCCACCAGCCUUCCUGCGCCCGGGCGCAGCACCCUGCUCUCAGCGCCGGGGAGUGCUGUCUUCGGAGGAGCUGCCUUCCUGCGCCCAGCCCCUUGUCAUCUCAGCGUCCCUGGUGCUAGCGAGACUGCCUGGGGGUGUGUGGGUCACGCCUUCCCGUGCAGUGUUGAUGAAAGAUACUUUGCUACCACGCGACGAGCCAGUGGCCACAUCUGUAGCAGCGCUAAGCCUCUCCGUUUCACAAGGACCUGUGGCUUCGUUUUGAUGAAGAGAGAUUUUUUUGCUUCUGAAAAUGCCUUGUUAGGAAAAGAGAUUCACACGUGUCAGGGAUGAUGGCUGGGACUGCUUCGGUGCCACGCGUAGACCCGGGCAUCCCGGAGGGCCGCCUGGGCGUGCUGUCGCGGAGCGGGGGUCCGGCUGGGGUCAGUUCUUUUCAGGAGAGGGCGGCCUGGCUGGCUGUGUAGUGGGCACCACGGGAGGCAUCGGCACGGCUCCCGGCGCCUGGACAUCGUGUUGGCAGAGAUUCCAGGGCCUUCAGCUUGGGACCUGCGCAUCCAACCAAUUCAGCUCCUGAAGACGUCAGCUGCACACGGGGCAGGAGAGGAUCCUGGCUAGUUCCUGUGCCGUGCGUUUUUCACCCCGUGUGUGUUUAUACUGUUGCUGAGAACGUAAGCGCAAACCCGAGAAGUGCCUGAAUCAGCUGUGUGGGAAAGCCCAGCCUUCCCAGCCCGCAAGCCUGCGCCCCUCAGACGGAGCUGAACGUUGGUGUUCUGGUUCCUUCUAGUAACUUCUAUCAAAAUCACUCAGAAGUCCUGACUUCCAGCAUUCAGCAUUUUCUUAUUUGUAAACCACAGAAGUUGAAUCCUAUCAAUCCAUGAUUUUAAAGUGCUUUUCCAGUGUUUUUAUGGGUGUUUUUUAAGCUUACAGCUUCUUUGCAGAGAGAUAAUAAAAAUAAUUCUGUAAUGAAAAAAAUUAAAGCCAAGUUACUGUUU